UAUCCAUCAGUUGGUGGACGAGUGAGUCGGGAGUUAAAUUACACACGGCAGAAGAUUGGAGAAGAGGCCAUGUUUAACCCCCAGCUCAUGAUCCAGACUCCACAGGAAGAUGGUGCUAAUGUACUAACAACAGAAGCACUCCGACAGCACCUUGACUCUGCGCUUCAGGCCAGCAGAGUACAUGUCUAUAUGUACAACAGACAGUGGAAAUUGGAACAUUUGUGUUAUAAAUCAGGAGAACUCAUCACAGAAGCAGGUUACAUGGACCAGAUCAUAGAAUAUCUUUAUCCUUGCUUAAUUAUCACUCCUUUGGACUGCUUCUGGGAGGGAGCAAAGCUACAGUCAGGAACUGCCUAUCUAUUAGGGAAGCCUCCUUUGCAGUGGAUCAACUUUGACCCCUUAGAAUUCUUGGAAGAGUUAAAGAAAAUAAACUACCAAGUGGAGAGCUGGGAAGAAAUGCUGAAUAAAGCGGAGGUUGGUCAUGGUUAUAUGGAUCGACCCUGCCUGAAUCCUGCUGAUCCUGAUUGCCCAAUCACAGCUCCCAAUAAAAAUUCCACCAAACCUCUUGAUAUAGCCCUUGUUUUGAGUGGUGGAUGCUAUGGACUGUCAAGAAAAUAUAUGCAUUGGCAGGAGGAGUUGAUUAUAGGUGGUACAGUCAAGAACAGUUCUGGCAAACUUGUCAGUGCCCAAGCUUUGCAAACCAUGUUUCAGUUAAUGACUCCUAAGCAAAUGUAUGAGCACUUCAAGGGGUAUGAAUAUGUUUCACAUAUCAACUGGAAUGAGGAUAAGGCAGCAGCAAUUCUGGAAGCCUGGCAGAGGAUGUAUGUUGAGGUUGUUCAUCAAAGUGUCGCACAAAACUCUACUCAGAAGGUGCUUUCCUUUACUACAACCACCCUGGAUGACAUCCUAAAGUCAUUUUCUGAUGUCAGUGUUAUCAGAGUAGCUAGUGGCUACUUACUAAUGCUUGCCUACGCCUGUUUAACAAUGCUGCGGUGGGACUGUGCCAAGUCUCAGGGUGCCGUGGGGCUGGCAGGAGUCUUGUUGGUUGCACUCUCAGUGGCUGCAGGAUUGGGCCUGUGCUCAUUGAUUGGAAUUUCCUUUAAUGCUGCCACAACUCAGGUUUUGCCUUUUCUUGCUCUUGGAGUUGGUGUAGAUGAUGUUUUCCUUCUGGCACAUGCAUUUAGCGAAACAGGGCAGAAUAAGAGAAUUCCAUUCGAGGACAGAACAGGUGAAUGUUUGAAGCGAACAGGAGCAAGUGUAGCCCUUACAUCUAUCAGCAAUGUUACUGCUUUCUUUAUGGCUGCCUUAAUCCCUAUUCCUGCUUUACGAGCAUUUUCACUCCAAGCAGCAGUGGUGGUGGUAUUCAACUUUGCUAUGGUUCUGCUGAUUUUUCCUGCUAUCCUGAGCAUGGACCUUUAUCGUCGGGAAGACAGGAGACUGGAUAUAUUCUGCUGUUUUACAAG